CACGCGGUCAUAGCGUUUCUUGCCCCGUGCUAGUUUACCACCUUCUUUUGCCUGCACGCAUUUGCCAUGACAGCUACACACGAUCCACAUUAUGAAGAAGGUACACUAAAAACAUAGCUGCGAAAUAAUGCGAGACCAUUUAAGUGACUUGGAAGGUUUCUCAGUUUUAAGAAAGUACCUGGAAGACAGCACAAAUACGCCCAACUUGAAAGAUUUCGCUGAAAGAAAUGAAGAGUGGUUACUAAAUAAUACCAACGCGGCCGACUUCAGAAGGGUGUGGAUAAAAGCGUUUAAAGAAGCGGCAAAAAGACUAAAAAUGAAGAUAUCAAAAGAAGAGCCUGACUGGCUCGAUCUCACGGUCAAAAAGCUCAAGAAACUAUCCGAAGUAUCCCAAGGCAGUCCCACUUCGACGUCUCCCCGCCAAACUUCUACCUUAACUCAAAGUAGCAAGGCUACCUCAGCCCCACUCAUGCCGGACCAGGUCCGAGCUUUCAAGGAGAAGUUUGACGCGAUGGAAAACGGCAGCAAGUGGAAGAUUGGAGACUCGUAUGUCGAAGACAAGAUGUUCCAGUUUGGUCUAACUUGCACUCACGAGCAUGCCUGCCAUUCGUUUGUGCUUGAUGCUGAAGACGAGGUAUGGGAAAAGGUCUUUACGAAGGAUGAGCUCAAGGUGAUCAAGGAGCAUCGACUGCAACAACUCCCCCGAUUGAAAGAAGAGGUGCAAGAUUUCUUCCGGCUUUUCAAGGGAAAGACGGAUCUCAAGGAGUUGAGACGGGUGGCGCGCGCGGCCGAUGAGCAGUUUGAUGUCGACUGGGCACAGCGCAUGAUGAUCGACCUUCUGGUUAGCUACCACUACAAAGUCUUGGAUCGCAUCGCUGCAAUAAAUUCCGAAAAGGAUUUGAUCAUCAGAGUGUGGAAGGCGAUUGAUUACGCAUUUGAUGAUACAGACAUGACAGCAACAAGGAACGAUUUCGCCUGCACUGCCACCGCCGAACGCCUCAAUGCCAAUCGGUCGAUAUCUGGGAAAGGAAUGGACGCGUGGGUCGCAGCUUGGAAACCCAAUCUUCUGUUGAUCAAGCAAGAAAUCGAAUAUGGCUGUGCGGAGCAUUGUGGCUUUAACAAUGCCAUUAAAAAAGAACUCUUUGGAAAAUGGCUGAAACUACCUAAAAUCAUGAAAGACAUGUUCUCGCGCUGCUGCCGAAAAUUGGACGACGAUGAAGAUGGGAUAAGACGCUUGAAGAUAGUUGGAUUUGCGCAUAAUCAUUUACGGUUUCAGCUGCUCACCAUGGACAGUCCAGCAGGAUAUGUUUGCCGGGUGUCAAAGUAUAAAGAAUAUGAAGUCCCUUUGUCCGCCACGAAAAUUGAAAGCCAACUAAUACCAAUUCUCCAAUUAAUUCUGAAGGCUAAGGCGCUGGUCAAGGCAAACAUUGUUCUUUUGGAGAAUAACCCCGGUACUGAUACCAAUGGUGAUGCUGAUGAGCAAGGCUACUUCGUCCACCAGCACUCAAGUCGGCCAAAACUCCUAUUACCAGCAGCAAUGAACCCAUCGUCAGAGAACAAGAAGAAGCGCAAGCUGGAAUCGAUUGUAAAAAAUUAAUAAUACCAUUUGUAUAUAUCCUACCACACACAUUUUCCAACAUUGUAAACCAUAGUCAUAUCUUUUUCAACAAACUUACAAAAUACAUGAAUUUUCUGUACUCAACUCAUGAUUUCCCCAAAUAUAUAUGUAUCGUUCUCAUAUAUCGCAAUGAAAUACAUGUACAAGAGGCUCUCGGAAACAGCUAGCUAGAUAAACUUUUUUGCUUAUCGUGC